UGCUGCAAGGACUAUCGUGUCACAACUAUACCAGCCAUGGGCAAGAGGUCACCGACCAAGAAACCAGCACGGGGCCGCGGCCGUGGUCGCAAGACACCCACACUGUCACCUUCACCUCUAGUCUCGGACGUCUUGGGUGAUAGAGAUGGGCGUGACUCAUCUUCGCCACCGCGAAGAGAUGCCUCCCCUGCAGGCUCCACCGCAUCCUCUGCUGCAUCGACCUCUACUCUACAACCACAUGAUAUGAAAAAGAGAGCCAAGAAGACUCAGUUUUGUUUGGAUCCUGAAGAAGAACAGAUAAUGUGUGACUUUGUGAAUACAACGCGUGAGGAACGAUCAGAGAACGAAUGAUAACGAUCGCCUAACGUGCCUUUAACUUAUCCCCAGCGUAUGCAUAACGUACUGGCCACACGCUGGCAUACGUCGAGAAUUUUGUGCAUGCUCAAAAACUUCUCGCUGUCCCUGCGUACGACGACGUACGGCACCGUACGCCACCGUACUUCAACGUACCCUAACGAUGGAGCAGCGUACCCAUAACUUAUUCAAGCGUAUGCUGAGCGUGUGCCACCGUUUUCCAUACGCUAGCCAUACGUUCUCUAAAACGUUAAGGUGUGACAGGCCCAUU